UCCAAGAAUAAUGGCAAAAUCUAGUCCAGAUCUCUCUGAUCGCUCAAUUUUGGACGAUGCAAUGGACUUGUUCCGUUCGGUCCAUGUUGAGGAUUUUGGCAGACACGACCCCCCACCAUCACACUCUCAAUUCGAUUGCUAGCAUUAUAUUAUAUCUACCGUGAUUCAACUGCUAACAGAUUCAGAUCUGAAUCAGGAACUCCGCAUUGAAGAUGCUCCAGGAACGGUUGCGCGUGCUCGUCGUCGGCAACGGCGGUCGCGAACAUGCCUUCGCAUGGAAGCUGAGCCAGUCUCCCCUGGUCGACGCCGUCUAUGUCGCUCCAGGAAACGGUGGUACUGGUCUAGGAACAUCGUCGAAAAUCAUCAACGCCAACGUCAAAGUCGAUGACUACCCCGGCCUGGUCGCUCUGGCACAGAAACACAAUGUCAACCUGGUCGUUCCCGGCCCCGAGGCUCCCCUUGUGGAUGGUAUUCAAGGCUACUUCCAGGCGGUCGGUAUCCGAUGCUUCGGUCCAUCCAAGGCCGCCGCUCGUAUGGAGGGCUCCAAGGCCUUCUCCAAGGACUUCAUGAAGCGCCACCACAUCCCAACCGCAGAAUAUGAGAACUUCACCGACUAUGAAGCCGCCCGCAAGUACCUCGACUCUGUUUCACACCAGGUUGUUAUCAAGGCCAGUGGUCUGGCAGCCGGCAAGGGUGUCAUCAUUCCCACGACUAAGGAGGAGGCCCACCAGGCUCUGCGCGACAUCAUGCUGGACCACCAAUUCGGUGAAGCUGGGGAUGAAGUUGUCAUCGAGGAGUACCUCGACGGUGACGAACUUAGUAUUUUGACCUUCAGUGACGGUUACACGAUCAAGUCCCUGCCCCCGGCGCAGGACCACAAGCGUAUCUUUGACGGCGAUCAGGGCCCCAACACAGGAGGAAUGGGCUGCUAUGCUCCUACAUUGAUUGCUUCAAAGGCAGUUCUGGAGGAAAUUGACCGGACUAUCGUCAAGCCUACCAUUGAUGGAAUGAGACGAGAAGGAUAUCCUCUCGUCGGUAUCCUCUUCACCGGUCUCAUGAUGACGAAGAAUGGACCUAAGGUUCUCGAAUACAACGUCCGCGGUGGUGACCCUGAGACUCAGACUCUUCUGCCUCUACUCAGCGAGGAUACCGACCUCGCUGAGAUCAUGGUUGCUUGUACGGAACACUGGCUGGAUGGUGUCGCCAUUAAAGUCGAGCCCAAGUUUGCUACGACUGUCAUCGCUGUCGCAGAAGGAUAUCCUGGCUCGUACGCCAAGGGACGCCCCAUUACUCUGGAUCCUACCCCAGAGGACACUAUGAUCUUCCACGCAGGUACGACGUUGGUUGGCAACGAGCUGCAGAGCUCCGGUGGACGUGUCAUCGCCGCUACCUCUACUGCUGAGACCUUGGAGGAGGCCGUUCGCAAGAGUUACGUCGGUAUCUCCACGAUCCACUUCCAGGGCAUGCAUUACCGCAAGGACAUUGCCCACCGUGCCUUCAGAGAUUCUCAGAAACAGAAGACCGAGGAGGGCCUCACAUACGCCUCCGCAGGUGUCUCUAUCGACGCUGGUAACGAGCUGGUGAACCGCAUCAAGACCUCCGUGGCCCGCACUCGUCGUCCCGGUUCCGACGCAGUGAUCGGUGGUUUUGGAGGUACCUUCUCUCUUGCUGCUGCGAACCCAGCCUAUCACCCACACUCCCCGACCAUAAUUGGAGCUAUUGAUGGAGUGGGCACGAAGCUUAAGAUCGCGCACGUCAUGGGUAUCCACAACACUGUCGGUAUCGACCUUGUUGCCAUGAACGUCAACGAUCUUGUCGUCCAGGGUGCGGAGCCUCUUUUCUUCUUGGACUGCUACUCCUGCGGUCACCUCGACGUCGAGACGGCUUCUGCCUUCGUCGCCGGUGUUGCGGAGGGAUGUGUGCAGGCUGGCUGUGCCCUCGUCGGUGGUGAGACGGCCGAGAUGCCAGGUCUCUUCGUCGAGGAUACGUACGAUGCCGUUGGUGCUGCUGUCGGCGCCAUCAACACCACUGGCGACAAUGCCAGACCUAUCCUGCCGGAUACUUCUUCCAUGAAGCCCGGAGACGUUCUCCUCGCUCUGGGUUCCUCUGGAAUCCAUUCCAACGGCUACUCCCUUGUCCGCAAGAUUGUGGAACGCUCCGGUCUCAGCUACCACGACCCUGCUCCCUUCACGAUGCCUUCAUCCUCCUCUCCUCUCUCUGUUGGAGCUGCCCUCCUCACCCCAACCCGCAUCUACGUUAAGCCCCUGCUGAAGGCCCUCUCUACCCCAUCCUCCCACACCUCCACAUCCCCUUCCGCCAUCAAGGGUCUCGCCCACAUCACCGGUGGUGGUCUCGUCGAGAACGUCCCCCGCAUGCUGCCUGCCACCUUGACGGCUCACAUCAACGUCACCUCGUGGCAGCUGCCAUCCGUCUUCCAAUGGCUCAAGAAGACCGGCAAUGUCUCGUCGGCCGAGAUGGCCCGUGCCUUCAACUGCGGUGUCGGCAUGGUGAUCGUCGUCGAGAAGGGCUGCGAGGACGCCGUCCGCUCCGUUCUCGAGCAGGAAGGCGAAACCGUCUACCAAGUCGGAGAACUCCGCGUCAAGAACGCCGGCGAGGAGAGCUGCGUCCUUACCGGUCUGGAGAGCUGGGACGCGUGAUUUCGAUCCCCUCCCCUUUCCUCGAUAAAAAAAACGAGAAUGAUUCCCUUUUUUUUCCAUUUUUUCAUGUUAUCACCCUUAUUUUCCGUUCCGUCACAUCACGUUACGUUAC